GAUAUUUUGUGCUUUUAGAAGAUAACCUUUAAAACAGCAAACAAGCAAGGUUGCAAUCGCAGUGAGCUCCAUUGAAAUAGAAGGCCCUUCAUUCAAAGUAAAUUUGCAAAGAUAGGGUCAUUCUGCAAGAGCAAACAGUUUUAGGUCUAAAUGUGCCUCUAAUUUUAAUUCAGAAAAUAGUGUACUUGUCAGAAAUUUGGAAAACACAAGUCCAGCUUGAAAGAGGCUGGUAUGAAUGACAGCUGUGUUUAAUGUCACCUUGCACUGUUUGCAUGGUGCAAGCAGCUGAUCCUAGUAACUAUGUAGAAUAUAAAGGAGCAUUCUUUAUUUGCUCUUUAUCAUAACUGCUCCUCUUUAAUUGUUUUUCUAAGGGACCUCUGGACAUCAUGAACCACACUGUAGUAUAUGAUACCUCAGAAACUAUGGAGUUCUGUGCUUUUCAUCGACUCUAUGUUAUGCCAGUAGUGAAAAUGACAAUCUGUAUAGUGCUUCCAGAACCCACCGGACCUACCUACAUAGCAAAGUGGGAAGUGAUUGAAAAGCUGAAGAAAAUGGUUUGUCCAGACCGGUUCGCCAGUGUUAAGGUUACCAAGAACACUAAGGGUUUCAUCUGUGUGGGAGAGGCAGACACCAAUCGCGUGUUUUGUAGGCUGAAGGAGAAGCUUCAUGGCAAGAUGAUAAACCUCAGUGGCUUCAAAGAUGAUUUGCAAGUGGUUGUCAUGGAGCCACCUUCCAAUCCGCCAGCUCCUCAGGAGUUGGAACCCACUAGAGAAUUGCCAGAGGAAGACUUAGCAGAGCAAAGCAAGGAUAGUCCUGGUUGCAUCUAUUUGGAAGGAUUGCCAUGCAAAUGGUUUGCAGUGAAAGGCUCAGGUAGUGAAUCACCAAGGAAAGAUGUCUUGAGAGCAGUGUUUGAAAAUUUUGGGAAGAUCAAGAACAUAGAUAUCCCUAUGCUUGACCCUUAUAGGGAAGAAGUGGGAGCACGCAUGAAUAAUUUGACUUUGCGUUCCCUUUUGAACCUGCGGACAUUUGAAGCUUUUGUCCAAUACCAGGAGUCCUCAUCUUGUUCAAAAGCUAUGGAGACAUUUAAGGGAAUGAAGCUGGUGUUUAAAGGGGAUGAUGGAAAAGCUCUUGCAUGUUACAUCAAGGUGACGUCUGAUACUACUGAUCAUUUCAGUGAUACUGCUGUAAAUCAGAGAAACCUGGAAAAAAUAACUCUGCAAGAAACUAGAGAGAGGGCGAAAGAGGAACGAAGACAGAGGGGGAAAAGGACUGAAAG